AUGCCAUCAUAUACCAAAGACUAUUUUGUCAGCCUGUUCCCUAUAUUUACGUGGAUUCAUCGAUAUAACCUUACUUGGCUACUGAGUGAUGUAAUCGCUGGUGUGACUGUUGGCAUCGUUGUAGUGCCUCAAGGAAUGGGAUACGCAAAAAUUGCACAAUUGCCACCGGAAUAUGGUCUCUACAGUUCCUUUGUUGGAUUAUGCAUAUACUGUAUAUUCGGUACAUCAAAAGAUAUAUCUAUCGGCCCAACUGCCGUCAUGUCUCUCUUGGUUGGCCAAACCAUCACUUCGGUCACUGCUUCAAAUCCACUAUAUACCGGUCCAGAAAUAGCAGCACUACUAGCCUUGUUUGGCGGAAUUGUCAGUCUUUUCAUUGGCUUAGUACGCCUCGGUAUAAUCGUUGAUUUUAUACCCAAUCCAGCUAUUGCUGGAUUCAUGACAGGAUCAGCUAUCACCAUUUCUAUCGGACAGUGGCCGAAGUUAUUCGGUGUCACAGGUGUCAAUACUCAAGACUCUGCAUAUCUUGUAUUUGGUCAUUUCUUCCAGCACCUGCCAAGUGCUAAACUUGACGCAGUAUUCGGCAUCCUUGGUUUGAUUUGGCUCUACUCAGUUCGUUUCGGCACUCAGUACCUCACCAAGAAAUAUCCCAAAUACGAAAAGCCCCUUUUCUUCGCCAACAUCAUGAGAAACGGUGUUCUAGUCAUCUUUGGCACUUUAAUUGCUUAUUUGAUCAACAUCGGCAAAUCUACUAGUCCAAUCAGUAUUCUUAAGACUGUACCUGCUGGCUUUAAUGCUAUGGGAGUCCCAACAAUCGAUACUGGAUUGCUCAGCGAAGUUUCAGGCACACUCCCAUCUGUUGUCAUUAUUUUGAUCUUGGAACAUGUUGCUAUUGCCAAAUCGUUUGGUCGUAUAAAUGACUACAAGAUCAAUCCUAACCAGGAAAUCAUCGCUAUUGGUGUCACCAAUGUUAUUGGCUCAUUCUUUGGUGCUUAUCCCAAUACAGGCUCCUUCUCCCGUACUGCUAUCAAAGCUCGCUCAGGCGUCCGUACACCUUUGGCUGGUGUCUUUUCAGCAGCCGUGGUCGUACUGUCACUCUAUGCCUUGACUCCAGCUUUCUACUAUAUCCCUGACUCCAUCCUCGCUGCCGUCAUUAUUCAUGCUGUCUCUGAUCUUGUUUCUGGUCCAAAGUUUUUGAAGCAAUUAUGGCACGUCAAUCCUUUGGAACUAGGUACAUUCGUAUGCGCUGUCAUCAUUACCUUUUUCACUUCUGUGGAAUACGGUAUCUACGUUUCCGUCGCUCUUUCUAUUAUCAUUCUCUUGGUUCGCAUUGCCCGCCCACGAUACUCUGUCCUUGGACGCAUUCCUCUGCAACGCUCCGCCGAAGACAAACAAGCCGAUAAUGAAAGAGAACGUUUUAUUUAUGUUCCACAAUCUCACCGCUCACUCCGAGAUUACGUUCAACCUACCCCUCCUGGCAUUAUCUGCUUCCGUUUUGACGAGUCACUAACCUAUCCCAACUCUGGAUUCAUCUCGGAUAAAAUUAUCGAAUACGUGCGAUCCACUACCCGACGUGGAAAACCGUUGCCUGAAAAGAAAGGUGAUCGCGCUUGGAACGAUGCCACCAAACAUGAAUCAGAAGAAGAUAACAAGACUGUUCUGAAAGCACUUGUUUUUGAUUUCUCUGGAGUCAAUAACUUGGAUUCAACGGGCGUUCAAAUGCUUUUGGAUGUUCAAUUAGCUAUCAACCGUUAUGCCGAUCGUACAGUCGAGUGGCACUUUGCUGGUAUCACUAGCCCGUCUAUUCGUAGUGCUCUUCUUGCCGGAGGCUUUGGCGUGAAGUCCUCUGGUGACCAGGGUGAAGUUCUCCCAGUUGUUCCAGCACACAGGGAUGGUCCAUCCAACAAAGGCAAGCAAGUCAUUACCCCCGACAACAGACUAGACGAUCUCGAGUCUGGCGGUGCCGCCUCCUCUGGCUCUGACUAUGACUUGUCGGAUGGCAAAGAACUCCAUACCGUUCAAACUGUAGAAUAUUGCAACGACGACAAACAUGAAGACUUUGACGUGGGUGUCCCUAGAGAUGUUUAUCCACUGUUCCAUUGGAACGUAGAAGAGGCGGUGGUUGCCGCAUGCAAAGCAUGA